AUGGAAAAUAAUUCUCCUUCUCGUUAUCAUGAGCUUCUGGAGUUAAAUAAAUCAUAUGUUGAUACAUUCAAUGCAUUAUACAAACUCAACACUUCCAAUGAAAGCGAAAUCAAAAAAAUAUGCAAAGAUAUCAAAAACAAUCUGAUCACAACAAAAUAUUUCUUACCAAUGCAAAUAUUAAGGAUAAUUGCAAUCGCAGCAAAAUACAAUAACAGCUAUAUUAGCUCAUACCGUGUCAUUUUCAAAAGGAUAUUUGAAACAUUUCGACAUAAACAAGUUGAAUAUGGCGAAAACCUCUUUAAUUACUUUAUAUGUAAUGAAUGUGUUAUCGGAGUUGAUUCGAAAAAUACAGAAUGCUUAGACUAUUUUAUCAUAAACGACCAAAAUAAGAAAAGGCUCGAAGACGACACAAUUUAUAACAUUAUUAUGAAUGAUAAUGUAGAGUUAUUAAAAAUAUAUACGGAAAGGAAAGAUUUUAAAAUCAAACAAGAGUUUUACAAUGAUUUUUAUCCAUUUCGUGUUGAUGGUUACUCAUUGCUUGAACUAUGCUGCUACCAUGGGUCCGUUAAUUGUUUUAAUUUCCUGCGAACAAAUUUUCACACAGAAAUCACAUCAAAAUGUCUUCAACUCUCAUUUUUGCGUGGAAAUCAACACAUUGUUACCGAAUGUUUGAAUGUUGUUCGUCCUACACAAGAAUGCAUGGAAUAUGCUAUUGCAUCACACAACAUUGAUUUUGUUAUUUACUUAGUGAACGAAUAUCAUCUUCAUCUUGAUUUAGAUCUUUGUGUUUAUUUCCAUAACCUUGAAACAUUUUUAUUUUACUAUGAAAUUACUCAUGAUACUAACAAAUGUUUUGUUAAAUCGACAUAUUUAGGCAUUCCAUCACUUUGUGAAUAUUUUCUUUCAGAAGGUGCCUCCAUUAAAUCUGCAGAUGAAUUUGGUCGAACAGCACUUUCUAUCUCCUCAUGGAGCAAUCGUAAAUCUGUUGUUGAAUUUCUUAUUUCACAUGGCUGUGAUGUUAAUGAAACAAAUCAAAUCGGAAGGACUGCUCUUCAUAAAGCUGUAUUAAAUAACAGUAAGGAAGUGAUAAAUUAUCUUAUUUCCAAUAAAGCAAAUGUCAAUUCAAAAGAUAAUAAUGGAGAAACACCUCUCUACACAGCUGUAGUGAAUAACUUUAAUACUGUUGCAGUAUUGUUGAUUCAAAAGAAAGCAGAUGUUAAUAUUCGAGAUAAAAACAACGAAAGUAUUCUUUGUAAAGCUGUGCUCAAUAAUAACAAAGAAUUAGUAGAAUUGCUUGUUUCAAAAGGAGCAAAUGUCAAUGAAAGCAGGCUAAAUAAAACUUGUCUUCAAAUUGCGACAGAAAAUAAUUAUAGUGAUAUAGCAGAAUUUCUAAUUACACAUAAUGCAAAUGCUAAUGCAAUAAAUAUGGAUCGUAUGUGUGCCCUUCUUUAUGCAAUAAAAAAUAAUAAUAAAGAAAUUGUAGAACUUCUUAUUUCAAAUGGUGCAGAUGUUGACGUAUGUGGAUCAGAAGGUAAAACGCCUCUGCAUUAUGCAGCAGAAAAGGACUUUAAGGAAAUCGCAGAAAUACUUAUUUUGCAUAAAGCCAGAAUUGAUGCCUUUGAUGAUGAUCAUCGGACUCCUCUACACUAUGCAGCAAUGAAUAAUAGUUUUGAAACAGCACGAGUUUUGAUUAAUAACGGAGCCAGUACUGUUGCUAGAGAUAAAGAUUAUAUUAAUCCACUCGAAUAUACACGUAUUAAUGGAAAUAGAGAUUUAGAACAACUAAUUCGUGAGUAUAAUCGAAUAAAUGGUAUAGAUGAUAAUACUGAUGAUGACGAUGAUGACGAUGAUGAUGACUAUGGCUACUAUGAUGAUGAUGAUGACUAUGGCUACUAUGAUGAAAUUUAUUCUUAUAAUGGAUUUCCUUUUGGUUUAAUUUAUAAUGAUGACGAUUAUGAUGACGACGAUGACGACUAUUACUAA